CACGCCUUCGGCAAUUCCGCUUUUAAUCCGGCAUCUAUUCCCGCUCACGUGCCUGUACGACCGUUGACAUAGUCGGAGUCGAACCUCGACCGUCGUGAUGGAGGCGACGAAUGCCACGAACGGGGCCGACGAUGUGACGAGCAUAGAAACCAAACCGCCUCUGGCACCGCUGACGCCGACGCCAACACCGCCGACGCCAACGCCGCCACCGCCGCCGCCGGCAUCCACUGCGGUAGCCGACCCUCCUCUGGCCGCCAACAAGGGGUUCCGGUUCUGGGCCAUCAUGGUGGCCAUCUGCUUCACCGGCCUGCUGGGCGCCAUGGAGGCCACCAUCACGUCGACAGCGCUGCCGUCCGUCAUCGCGAGCCUGGGCGGAGGCGACCUGUACAUCUGGGCCGUCAACGGAUUCCUGCUGUCGUCGACAGCAUUCCAGCCGCUCUUCGGACAGCUGGCCAACGUGUUCGGUCGGCGGUGGCCCGUGAUCGUGGCGGUGGCCACCUUCAUCCUCGGCAGCGGCAUCAGCGGCGGCGCGACGAGCAUCGUGAUGCUGAUCGCGGGGCGCGUGGUACAGGGCAUCGGCGGCGGCGGCAUCAACGUGCUCAUCGAGAUCAUCGUGUGCGACAUCGUGCCGCUGCGCGAGCGGGGCACGUACCUGGGCGUCAUCUUCGGCUUCAUCGGCCUGGGCACGUCGCUGGGCCCGCUGUUUGGCGGCCUCAUCGUCGAGCACACCACGUGGCGCUGGGUCUUUUAUAUCAGCCUGCCCGUCGGCGGCCUCGCCCUGUUCCUCCUCACCGCGUUCCUGAAGGUCAACUACGAGAAGGAGACCACGCUGGCGACAAAGGUCAGCAUGAUCGACUGGACGGGGAAUGCCAUUUUCGUGGCUGCCCUCACCUCGGUGCUGAUUGCCCUGUCUUGGGCUGGCGCCGUCUACCCGUGGUCUUCGUUCCACGUCCUCGUGCCUCUGAUAAUUGGCCUGGCCGGGCUGGUUGGGUUCAUGUUCUAUGAAGGAUCCAGGUUUUGUCCGCAGCCCAUGAUGCCUCUCAAGCUGUUUUCCAACCGCACAUCCUCGUCGUCCUUUGCUGUCACCUUUCUCCAGAGCCUCACCACGAUAUGGCUGCUUUACUUCCUGCCCGUCUACUUCCAGGGCGUGCAGGGCGUUGACCCGCAGGAGUCCGGCGUGCGGCUGCUGCCGACGAUCCUGGUCGUCAUCCCGUUCGGCAUCGCCGGCGGCGUCCUCAUGACCAAGACGGGGCGGUACCGGCCGUUCCAGCAGGUGGGCUUCGCGCUGUUUACGGUGGCGAUGGGCUUGCUCAGCAUUCUCGACGAGGACUCGAACGCGGGCGAGUGGGUGGGGUUCCAGGUGCUGGCGGGGGGGAUCGGGCUACUGAUCCCGGGGCUCCUACCGGCCGUGCUGGCGCCGCUGGCCGAGUCGGACACGGCGCUGGCCACGGCCACGUUCAGUUUUCUGCGCAGCUUCGGGAUGGUCUGGGGCGUGGCCAUCGCGGCCGCCGUCUUCAACACGCGCUUCGACCAGCUGGCGUACCGCAUCACGGACCCGGCCGUGCGUGCCGACACGAUGGCCGGCCAGGCCUACCAGCGUUCGACGUCGGCGUUUCUCGCCACCCUGGAGCCCGGCACGCGUGCCCAGUUCAUGUCGGUGGUCAGGGACAGUCUCAGCCUCAGCUUUCAGGUCUCGGUGGCCUUUAGCGCGCUCGGCUUCUUCCUCGUCUUCAUCCAGAAAGAGAUCCCGCUGCGCGACAAGCUCGACACCAAGUACGGCAUUGCUGACAAGGACACCAAGAGUGACAGCGAGGCCGGCCUGAGGAGCAACGAGAAGGCACCAGGCACGGGAACCACCAGCGGGCCAGAUGGCGACAGCAGCUGAAGGGUUCCUGGGGUACUACUGGACAGGAUGGAUCUUGGGAUCGACAGGUAAUUACGGUGAGGGAGGCUGCCAAGGCCGAGGUCAAUAUCAUAUAUGUUAUUUGGUUGUAAUCAUUGCAAAAGAGAGUGGUAUUAAACUGGGCAACUGGAACAAGCUCAUUGGGUCAAGACUAAUCUGUAUGUCUGUAGUAAU